CGCCAUCCUAGGAUAUAGGUGGGACCACCUUCCAGUCCUGAACCUCUGGCGCUGGACCACACAGGGCUGCGCAGCAGGACGCAGGUUUGGUGAACAGCGGCCUCUUGGUGCCACACCUGCGGAGGGCCACGCAACUUCUCCAGGCCUCUUGCCACUUUGGAAACUGCCUGGGACUGCUACAUCAACCCCUCAAACCCCGGAGCCCGAGAGAGGGUGGGUUGGUUUGAGAGGGGAAAAAAAUGUGUUGUGGGGCGGGUUAACUUUCCCACCCUCUUCUCCCUGCCCGAGCAAAUUAAAAACAAAACAAAUACAAAAGCCAGUCCGCCAGCCAACCAAAGCCCCAAGCCGAGCCCCAGCCAAGGCACCCAUUUAAAAGGAUUUGCAGCUGUGAGGAAAAAAACAGACCCGACCGAGGAAUCGUUCUGCAAACCCAGGUGCACGUCUCUGAAGUAAGAUGAUUUGUCAGAAAUUCUAUGUGGUUUUGUUACACUGGGAAUUUCUUUAUGUGAUAGCUACACUUAACCUGGUAUAUCCAGUUUCUCCCUGGAGAUUUCAGUUGCUCUGUGCACCACCAAAUACAAAGAAUGACACCUUUCCCUCGCCUGCCGGGAUCGCAGAGGAUGCGUCAACUUUGACUGGGGCUUCUGAAGCCUCUGGUGAAGCUAAAUUUAAUUUGAGUGGUAUCUACAUUUCCGAGUUAUCCAAAACAAUUUUCCACUGUUGCUUUGGGAAUGAACAAGGUAAAAACUGCUCUGAACUCACGGACAACACUGAAGGGAAGACACUGGCUUCAAGUGUGAAGGCUUUAGUUUUUCACCAGCUCGGUGUAAACUGGGACAUAGCGUGCUGGAUGAAAGGGGACCUGACAUUAUUCAUCUGUCAUCUGGAACCGUUACUUAAGAACCCCUUCAAGAAUUAUGACUCUAAGGUCCAUCUUUUAUAUAAUCUGUCUGACGUCAUAGAUGACUUGCCUUUGGUCCCCCUGAAAGACGGCUUUCAGACUGUGCAGUGCAACUGCAGCCUCCGGGAAUGUGAGUGCCGUGUGCCGGUACCAAGAGCCAGACUCAACUACUCCCUCGUGAUGUGUUUGGAAGUCACAUCUGCCGGUGUGAGUUUCCAGUCUCCCCUAAUGGCCGUGCAGCCCAUGCUUAUUGUGAAGCCUGAUCCACCAUUGGGUCUGUGCAUGGAAAUCACAGAUGAUGGUAAUUUAAAGAUUUCUUGGAGCAGCCCAACAGUGGCCCCAUUUCCACUUCAAUACCAAGUGAAAUAUUCAGAGAAUUCUACAGUUAUAAGAGAGGCUGCUGAAAUCGUCUCAGCUGCAUCUCUGGUGGUACACAACGUGCUUCCUGGAUCUUCAUACGAGGUCCAG